AUUGUAUAUUUUCCUCUGAUUUGAUUUUCCAUCUUCGUUUCCGAUGCUGAAGUCUCUGCUGCUUCCACCCAAAACCCUAGGAAAACUCUAACUAGGAACCGUCCCCUUCGUCUGAAUCUCUCAAUUCGGCCAUGGGCACCGGUGGUCUCCUCAACAUUCAUCCCAGAGACCUCAAAUUCCCCUUUGAACUGGGGAAGCAGAGUUCAUGCUCUAUGCAACUCACCAACAAGACGGACAAAUACGUAGCUUUCAAGGUGAAGACUACCAACCCGAAGAAGUACUGUGUCCGCCCUAAUAUGGCCGUUAUUCUGCCAGGGGAUACGUGCAAUGUCACUGUCACGAUGCAGGCGCAAAAAGAGGUGCCCCCAGAUAUGCAGACUAAGGACAAGUUUCUCAUUCAGAGCGUUCCUGCUCCAUAUGGUGCAACUACUAAAGAUAUAAAACCUGAUAUUUUUAACAUGGAGGAUGGGAGGGCUCUUGAAGAGUUCAAAUUGCUGGUCAUUUAUAUUCCUGCUAAUCCUCCCUCUCCAGUCCCCGAGGAACCAGAAGAAGGAUACUCCCCAACAGCAUCUGCAAUAGAGAAUGGCAAGAAAUCUGCCAAUCUAUUUGAUGCAGUAACUACGUCAUUUGAGAUAUCAAAGAAAAAAUCUUCUGAGGCGUGGACCAUAAUUUCCAAGUUGACUGAGGAGAAAGCAGCAGCCUUGCAGCAAAAUCAGAGGCUUCAUCAGGAAUUGGAUUUGUUGAGAAGAGAAGUGAGCAAGAACCGAUCAAACACGUCAUUACUCUUUACAGCAUUCAUUGGUCUUCUGGGUAUUGUGACUGGCUACUUAAUGAAGAAGUGGGCCAUAAACUCGUAGUUGAUUGGAUUUCUACUGGCUUUUUUCCGUCACUUGCGUUUGUCCAUCAUUUGGGAAGCCAUUAGUUGUGACAUAGAGAUGUAAAUUGUUAAGUAUCUCUUAGUGGACGAUGACGAAUAAUUGGUGGAAGCGCGUCAUUCUUUAUCUUGUCUGUCUAAGGGGGCCGUCCUGGUUUCAAGUUCGUCAACAUAGAAAGAUUGAUGUAACGUUGUUUUGGUCAAUGAGAUGACACAACGAAAGCAUUUGCUGACAUUUAAGGAUCAAAAAAUGAAGGUGUGCCAGGUUCGAAUA